CUCUGCUGGUAGGAACCGAUCACGGGGCACGUGCGUGCAGUGGAUACGCCGGAGCGCUGUGAGUCGUGGACUAAUUGCGGGGCGCUUGCGAGAAUACGAGGAGCAUCUCUGCACGAGAGGGAAUAAAUCUCGUUUUCCUGUCCGUCUCCACACAGACUUCGAUUUAGAGGGCAUCUAUUUGGUGCUAAAAGUGAGAGAACGAUAUCAGGAAAGAUGUUACCGACGACAUUAGGGGGUUAGAGGUGCUGAGGUUCAUCCCAUCACUGCAUAUGGAGUAAAUUCCCACGUCUUCUCUUAUUUUGACUCGGAAUACAGUGAACGGGAGCGCGUCACGAUUAUACGUCUCACAUUCAAGGGAGAAAUCAUUCCAUUAACAAGCAAUUGGAUGAGAGUCAUACUUGCCCUUGGCAACUAAAGAUGACGUUACUAUGGAAACGACUUGUGGUGCUAUCAAUCAUUGGCUGCCUCGCAGCACAUGCAGAAGACACAAAGUUUCUUGGUCCAAGCUGGAAAAAGGAACCCGAAGAUCUGAUACUGCCCAUCCACUCUCCUGAGCAGGAGGCUGUUUUAACCUGUGAGGCAUCGGGAGUCCCUUCCCCUCAGUACAGAUGGUCUCUAAACGGAACGCUCAUUGAUCUUCUUGGUGACGAGAGGCGUCGCCUGUCUGGGGGUAACCUGAUCAUUACCGGCCUGGAUCGGGACCAAGACAGCGGUGUCUACCAAUGCACUGCCUCCAACAACCGGGGAACCAUUCUCAGCCAGAGAGCCACACUACAGUUUGCAUAUCUGGAAAGCUUCAAAACGCAGACAAGAAGUGCUGUGAAUGUGAGGGAAGGCCAAGGGGUUGUUUUGUUAUGUGGCACACCUUUGCAUUCCGGUGAGCUCACAUUCACCUGGGUCUUCAAUGAGUACCCUCACUUCGUCCAGCAAGACAGCCGGCGCUUUGUAUCCCAAGAGACGGGGAAUCUCUACAUAGCUAAAGUGGAAACGUCCGAUGUUGGGAAUUACACCUGCGUGGUUAAUAAUACUAUUACCAAGGAGAGGGUGUUCAGUUCGCCAACACCUUUAGUUCUGAGGAAUGAUGGAGCGAUGGGAGAGUACGAGCCCAAAAUAGAGCUUCAUUUCCCCGACACCAUUCCAGCUGCUAAAGGAUCCAUGCUGAAGCUAGAAUGCUUUGCCUUGGGAAAUCCAGUUCCCAAGAUCAGCUGGAGAAGAACCAGUGACUUUUCGUUCCCAAACAAAGUCAAACUGAAAAAUUCUAACGCCAUUCUGGAGAUUCCAAAUUUUCAACAAGAGGACACAGGGACAUAUGAGUGCAUAGCGGAAAACAGUCGCGGAAAGAAUGCUGCGAGAGGUCGUGUGUCUUUCCAUGCCACACCUCAUUGGCUGCAGACGAUGAUGGACACAUCAUUGUCCAUUGAGGAGAAUCUGUUUUGGGAGUGCAAAGCCAAUGGGAAACCAAAACCUUCAUACAGCUGGCUGAAGAAUGGAGAAACUCUUAUAUCAGAGGGCCGAGUGCAAAUAGAGAACGGCGCUCUCUCCAUCUCCUCGCUAAACCUCUCAGAUGGCGGGAUGUAUCAGUGUGUGGCAGAGAACAAGCACGGCAUCAUUUAUUCCAGCGCCGAACUGAUGGUGCUUGCCUCUGCUCCCAGCUUCUCCCAGAAUCCUUUGAGCCGAAUGCUUAAGGCUCGCUCGGGUAGUGACGUUAGCCUAGAUUGCAGGCCACAUGCUUCGCCCAGAGCCAUUAGCCUGUGGAAAAGAGGGACCGAGAUACUGCAAAGAAGCGAAAGGAUUUCUCUCUUCCCAAAUGGUACUCUUAAGAUUGCCAACGUAACUAAGCGAGAUGGAGGUACUUACACAUGCAUCGCUAAAAAUCAGUUUGGCACAGCUAGCACAACAGGAAGAUUGAUAAUCACAGAGCCCACAAGGAUCAGCCAGGGCCCCAGCAGCACAGAGAUCACAGUGGGUGAGAGUAUCGUGCUGCCCUGCCAGGUGACUGCCGAUCCAGCCUUGGCCGUGGCCUUCUCCUGGGCCUUCAACGGUCAGCCCAUUGAUUUCCAUCAGGACGCCGACCACUUCGAGCGAGUGGGAGGGAGCUUUUCCGGUGAUCUUAUGAUUAGAAACAUCCAGCUUAAUCACGGUGGGAAGUACGUUUGUCUCAUCGAUACAGACGUCGAGAGUUUGUCUGCUGACGUGAUAUUGGUUGUUAAAGGUAGGAACAAAUUUCCCAUUACUGGAGAUGUCAUCCAAGCCAGGACUCCUUUUACUGUCGGCUGGCAAGCUGUCGACACAGUUCCUGAGGUGAUCAAUGGAAACACUCUGACUGCAACCGUGGUGGGUUUGAACGCUUGGGUGGAAUAUGAGUUCAGAGUCCUGGCCAGUAACAGUGUCGGGAUGGGAGAGCCCAGUCCCCCGUCUACCAAGAUCAGAACAGAAGAUGCUAUGCCUGACACGGCUCCCACUGAUGUCGGAGGCGGAGGAGGUACCAAAUCAGAAUUAGUGAUAACAUGGGAGCCUGUUCCAGAGGAGUUGCAGAACGGAGAGGGCUUCGGUUAUAUCAUCGCUUUCCGGCCAGUGGGAAUGGUCACUUGGACCCGAGCCGUGAUCUCGGCACCCAGCGUCACCCGCUACAUUUUCCGAAAUGACACCAUCCCACCGUUCUCACCAUUCAACAUCAAAGUGGGAGCGUUCAACAACCGUGGAGAAGGACCUUUCAGCAGUAUUGCAACAGUGUUCUCUGCAGAGGAAGUGCCGAGCGUAGCGCCAGAGAGAGUGUCAGCAAAAAGUCUGUCGGCGGCCGACAUCGAAGUUACCUGGGAGCCGAUUGCGUCGACCCCUGAAAGAGUUCUCGGAUAUGAGGUGGUGUACUGGGAAGAUGACACCAAGCCGGAUACGGUGGGUAAAGUGCGGAUCACUGGAAACUACACAGCAGUGAAUGUCAGCGGCCUGCAAGGGAACACUCAGUAUUAUCUAGCGGUGUGUGCCUUCAAUACUGCAGGAACUGGCCCCCAGUCUGUACCUGUCAAUGUUACCACCAAAAAAACACGUUUAUUCGAUGUGUGCAUCUGGAAGAUUUACUCAUCCGCAGUGGUGUACUGGGAAGAUGACACCAAGCCGGAUACGGUGGGUAAAGUGCGGAUCACUGGAAACUACACAGCAGUCAAUGUCAGUGGCCUGCAGGGGAACACUCAGUAUUAUCUAGCGGUGUGUGCCUUCAAUACUGCAGGAACUGGCCCCCAGUCUGUACCUGUCAAUGUUACCACCAAAAAAACACGUUUAUUCGAUGUGUGCAUCUGGAAGAUUUACUCAUCCGCAGUGCUGUACAGAAGACACCGGAAUAACGACAUGUACUCCAUCAUCACCAACAAAACCUCGGUUGAGUUGACCCUCAAUCUGAACGACAACUACGUCAUUCAGAUCAAGACCCUCAGUGAAGGAGGCUUGGGGGAAGGAAGCGAGCCCAUCCACAUCCACCAACUCAGCAUGGGUGCCCGUGGAUCCAGAGCAGGAAGGCUGUGCACACUUUCUCUCUCUCCACUGCUCAUUUGCACUCUGUCGACGCUCAGUGCCUCCUGAUGUUCGACUCCCAUGAGCACCAGACCCAACCACUCCAAGAAAAACACACUUUCUGCUCUUUGCUCAUACAAGGCUUAUGUUUCCCAUCGCAAUCUGACCAGAUGGGAUUCCCCAGCUCUGGCAACAUGUAUGGAAGAGCCGGAUAUUGAAAUGUCAUGGGAAUGUUGGGGAAUUCAUCAUUAGUAAACAUGGCAGAGCCCUGCAAGAGAGUCAUUAGGGUUUUGGGGAUGACCUAGAGUACUAUAAAAAAAAACAAAAAAAAAAGCAUCCAGGAUAAAU